UGUUCAGGAUCGUAAUUGCCCUUUUGUUUUGUUUGUUUUCUCCAUUUCUUCUGGGCUUAGUUUCCGAAGAUUUGUUUUUGUCCGUAGGCAUGGUUUGAAGUGACAACUUCAAAAAAUAUCGACAAGUCAUAACUUUAAUCUAAAUUUUGACUUAAGUUUCAAGUUUGUCAAGCCCUUAGUCGACACUCGACACCCCUGACAUUAAAUGUGUUGACUCUAGUGCUCUGUACCGGCUAAAACUGGGCCUAUUUUGGGACUCUUGUUGGCAAAUUUGCGCCAUAUGUAGUGGAGUAAUGCGUAAAAAAAACAGUGGAAUCAACAGAACCAUUAUUUGAUCAGAAAAGAAAAGAAAAUUGUGGUUUUGUUUAUCACUUUUAAUUAGUGUAUGAGAUAUUGAGAGGAUAUGUGGAAAGCUACUUAAUUUCAAAGGAGUCUUAAAACCCACGGAGUCAAGGGAGGUUAGGCCAACAAAUUGUCGGAGAGAUUGAGACGGGAAGAAGGGUAUAAUGGUACUUUACGAAUACUAUUACGUUGAUUAAUUUUGAUUCUUUGUCUUCUUCUUCGUCUCUCCCCUCGCGUUCUUUCGGUGCUAUAAAACUAACGAACAAAUAAAUUUAUUUUGGAGUGAGAUUUACGUUUGAUAGACGACGACGAUGAAGGAGCCAACGACGGAGAUAGAGAUUGAAGCUUCGGCUGUCACGACGAUGCUGCCUCCGACGGCGUCACCUCAUCAGGCUUUGGUGGAGAGGCUCAAGGAUUAUGGACAGGAAGAUGUUUUCGCUCUCUGGGAUGAACUCUCACCGGAAGAGCGAGAUCUCCUCCUCCAAGAUAUCGAGAAUUUGGAUCUUCCAAGGAUAGAUCGGAUCAUCAGAUGCUCACUUCAGUCUCAAGGGUUACCAGUGGCGGCAAUAGAACCGGUGCCGGAGAAUUGUGUGUCAACGGUGGAGGAAAGAACAAAGGAAGACAGAGAAAAAUGGUGGAAAAUGGGAUUGAAAGCUAUCUACGAAGGGAAAUUGGGUGUGGUUCUUUUAUCUGGUGGACAGGGAACGAGACUUGGAAGUUCAGAUCCAAAAGGGUGUUAUAAUAUCGGACUGCCAUCUGGGAAGUCACUUUUUCAGAUUCAAGCUGAGAGGAUCUUGUGUGUCCAAAGGCUUGCUGCUCAGGCAAUGAGUGAGGCAAGUCCAACUCGCCCAGUUACAAUACACUGGUAUAUAAUGACCAGUCCAUUUACUCAUGAACCAACUCAAAAAUUCUUCGAGAGUCACAAGUAUUUUGGCCUUGAGCCAGAUCAGGUCACCUUUUUUCUACAAGGAACUCUACCUUGCAUUUCAAAGGAUGGCAAGUUUAUCAUGGAGACACCUUUCAGUCUAGCCAAGGCUCCGGAUGGAAACGGGGGAGUUUAUGCAGCUCUAAAAUCUUCAAGGUUAUUAGAUGAUAUGGCUUCGAGGGGGAUUAAGUAUGUGGAUUGCUAUGGUGUUGACAAUGUUCUGGUUCGAGUAGCUGACCCUACUUUUCUGGGAUACUUCAUUGACAAAGGUGCAGCUUCAGCUGCAAAAGUAGUGCGCAAGGCAUAUCCACAGGAAAAAGUUGGAGUAUUUGUAAGGAGGGGAAAAGGUGGGCCUUUGACUGUAGUUGAGUACACGGAGCUUGACCAGUCUAUGGCUUCUGCAACCAAUCAACAAACAGGACGUCUUCAAUUUUGCUGGAGUAACGUGUGCUUACACAUGUUCACUCUGGAUUUCCUUAACCAAGUUGCGAAUGGGCUGGAAAAAGACAGCGUUUACCAUUUGGCGGAGAAGAAGAUCCCGUCUAUAAAUGGGGACACAGUGGGACUGAAACUAGAACAGUUCAUAUUCGAUUGCUUUCCUUAUGCUCCUUCGACUGCACUCUUUGAGGUGUUGAGGGAGGAAGAGUUUGCACCGGUGAAGAACGCGAACGGGUCGAAUUUCGACACGCCGGAAAGCGCGAGACUGUUGGUUCUACGGCUGCACACACGUUGGGUCAUAGCAGCUGGUGGAUUUCUAACACAUUCCGUUCCUUUAUAUGCGACUGGUGUGGAAGUGUCACCGUUGUGCUCGUACGCUGGAGAAAAUCUAGAAGCGAUUUGUCGGGGAAGAACCUUUCACGCACCAUGUGAGAUCUCCCUCUAAUCUUUCUUGCUUCUUAUUUAUUGUUGUAAUUUGGCCAUCUUCUUUGCUUUUUCUUUUGGCUUGUUUCUCCUUUUUUGUUGGUGUUUGGUCUCUAUAUAUGAACUGUAACUGGCGGAGGAGGUCAAUAGUAGUCUCUUUUCAAUGUGUUUCUCUUCAUUAUUGCAACAAUAGUGAAGGUCUUCAAAAUU